AUGUGCAUCUUCUUUAACCCCAAAUUUCCAUAUGCAGCGUGCGUGCCGUGCACUGACGCGCUGCGAGUUUUCUCCAACCAAAAGGCGAGCGACCUCGCCCAGGAAGCGACGCGAGUUCAGAGCGCUGCGCCCCGGCGGAGGAGGUCAUGGGAGGACUUGCUGGGCUGCAGCUCCACGAACUGUAACGUGGUUUUGACGGACGCCCAGGGAGAGUUCACGUCGCCCUGCUACCCUCUGAAAUACCCCAAUUCUCAGGCCUGUAAGUGGACCCUGCAGGCCCCCGCUGGCUUCAUCAUCCAGCUCUCCUUUCUUGACUUUGACCUGGAGGAGGCGCCAGGCUGCAUCUACGACCGGGUUGUGGUGAACACAGGAACACGGAUGUUCGGUUCUGCGGCCCGACAGCCAAGCGGGCUGACCUUGAACUCGACGGGGAACGUGAUGGAGCUGUCGUUUACCUCCGACUUCAGCGUGCAGAAGAGGGGGUUCAGUGUUAGCUUCAGACACGUUGCUGUGGCACUGAGGAACCAGAAGGUCACCAUAGAUGGCGGCAGCGGUCAGGUCACAAGGGUUGUCGAGAAGAUUUCCAUACCAGCGCUGGGUCACCUGACACUCUGCUUUGAGCUGGAACGAAGCAGCCAGAAACAGAACGAGUGGAUCUUCACCUACUCGGACAGCAGCAACGGCAUCGCUCUGAGUCUGGGGUCCGAUCAGAACGGCAUGAAGAUGAUCGUCGACGGAGUGGUCUGCCCCAUCAACUCUGUCCUCCAGAACACUGCCUUCACCUCCUCCAUGAAGCCCUUCUGCGUGCUCUGGACAUCGUCAAACGGCCGGGUUGGAGUCUACUUCAACGGGAGCUACAGGGCCAAGACCUGCUCCGGCUCCAGCGGACACUCAGUGCCAGCUGGGGGAAGCUUCCGCCUAGGAGGUUAUCACAGUUUCAGCGGGGACAUCUAUAACCUCCGGCUGUGGGAUUACGCCAUGACGGUGCAGCAGCUGAACGCUCUGAGCUGCGACACGGUGGGGAACGUCAUCGACUGGGACAACAGCCACUGGAGCAUCCCGUCAACGCUGGCCCAGACCGACACCACGCUCAGCUGCAUCUGCUACCCUCAUUGCAAUCACUUAACUCCUGCUGCGCCAUCUAGUGGUGUGUCCCCGCCCAGCAGCACCCCCCUCACCACCAGCUGUGACUCCCCUGGACUGGGCUGCCCAGCUUCCUCUCCUGCAGCUUCAUCCACUGACUCCACUAACACCAUCCAUGCUACUAAUGCCAACACCAACGCUGUCAGCUGGGAGAAGACCCUGCUGAUCACCGUCAGCUCCCAGCUGGGAGAAGACCCUGCUGAUCACCCUCCCAGCUGGGAGAAGACCCUGCUGAUCACCGUCAGCUCUCAGCUGGGAGAAGACCCUGCUGAUCACCCUCCCAGCUGGGAGAAGACCCUGCUGAUCACCGUCAGCUCUCAGCUGGGAGAAGACACCACAGCAGCACCACAUCUCCCUAACGAGCAGGGGGAACUGUGA